GGGGCGGGGCCCGACUCUGGGCUCUGCUUGGGUCGGGUAGGCCUUCGCGCUCCCAACUCUCGCUGGGGUCAGCGUCAUGGCGGGUUGUGCCUGCGGGUUCGUGCGCGCAGUGCUCGCCUUUCUGCUGGCGCCCGCGCUGGUGACUCUACUGGUGGCACCGGCGCGAGGCCGGGGCGGCCGGGGCCACGGGGAGUGGGACGCCGCCGAGCUGCUGCUGCCGCCGCUGCCGCCCCGGGAGAAUGCGGCGCUCGUGGCUCGCUUCGUGACGAACGUCUGUGACUGGGGCGCACUGGCCACCAUCUCAACGCAGGAGGGGGUGCGCGGCCGGCCCUUUGCCGACGUUUUAUCGCUCAGCGAUGGGCCCCCGGGCAAGGGCAGCGGCGUGCCCUACUUCUACUUGAGCCCGCUGCAGCAGUCGGUGGGCAACCUGCAGGAGAAUCCAUAUGCUACAUUGACCAUGUCUUUGGCAGAGACUAAUUUCUGCAGGAAAUAUGGAUUUGAUCCCCAGAGUCCCCUCUGUGCUCACAUAAUACUAUCAGGAACUGUUAUCAAGGUGAAGCAGCAUAUGGCGAAUUUAACCUCAUGCGUGAAAUUUCUGAGGAAGUUUCACAUAGAUCUGAAGCACUUAUUGUUUUUCUAUGGAAAGUUUGCCAGAAGAUUAGCCAGUUUUCUUUCUUUGCUUGCUUGCUUACAGAAUUGAGUUGGAUUAUUACUGGAUUUCUUGGAAGAUGAGAUUGUUGGAUAUAUUAUAUAUUUUUUCAUAUUUUGAAGCCAUUUUCAUAGAGACAUGUCUUUAUGAUCAGCAUUUUAUUCCAUUAAUUCCAAAUAGUUUGCCAACAGUGCUCCUUGAAGAGGAAGAGUUACCAGUUUUAGAUUGACCAUUGGCAUUCGAAAGUACUCAAGUAUGUGUUCUUAAUUCCUGAAAACCCGCUGUGCUGGGGAGAGGGCCACGCCCCCAUAGCUGCUGCCUGCGUCUGUAUUAAGGGCUCCUAUUAGAGUGCACCUGGAUAAAUCUUGCCAAGACAAACAAACAAUGAUGAAACAUAAGUGGAGCAUCCCACUCGUGGUCCACUUACGUUUGACAGUCCUGGGUGUUGUUAAUCCAACACAAGGCAAAACUAUCUCUUAUACAGAACAUAAAAGAAAAAAUACUCUUCAAGUCUAAAGUGAUAAAUAUCUAGAACAAAGGAUGAUAAAACUUCCUUAAUUGGACUUAAUAAAGGAAGUUCAUAAAAUUUUCUGAAUUUGAUUUCCCCAGCUAAGUGGACACUGUGUAAUUAGUUUCUUCCACUCAAAAUACUUACACACAAGCACAUUUUUUUUUUCAUCCCAAAAGGGGAUUAUGAAAGAAAAAGAGGGGGGGCAUUUUAUGUGUAAGUUAUUUCUGGUGUUCUUUUAUAACAUUUUUUAACAUCAACCUGGACAUGGACUAGGUUCAACCAGAGCCAAAAUCCAUCUUCCAACUCUCUCAAUAAUGGCCCAAGCCUUUUUCAACUUCUUCAGAUGUCUAAGGGGCUUCUAAUGCUGUUACUGCCUAAAUCAGGUCAUCAGAGGGGGGACAACACGGUUUAAAAAUCACAUCUCUUCAGAAGGGGAGAAACUGUUUGCUUUUAUUACCUAUAGACAUGAUUUUAGAAGACUCUACGAGAUCCUUUAUAAAAGGUGUGUCAGGAAUCAAGCAACUGAAUCCUUAAAUGGCUAAGAGAAAGGAAGUUGAAUAUGAGUUUGAAACUACAAAAUGAACUUACCUGCAAUCCAGCAAACAGCUUCUCUUUAAGAAAAAUGAUGUGUCUUAAACUUGGUGGAGAAGGUUUCUUACUCAAAGCAUUAAUAAUAAAAAGCAUUAUUUUCAUGAAA